AUGGGUGCCACUCUUGAACCGACACCUUCUCCGACGUCUAAAUUGCUCACCUUGCCUACAAUCUUAACCAUUUGCCGGGUUGCAGCCAUCCCGCUCCUCGUAAGCACCUUUUAUGUUGAUAGAUGGUGGGGACCGACGGUGACUACUGCGAUAUUUGUUUCUGCGGCAAUUACAGAUUGGCUUGAUGGUUAUCUUGCUAGAAAGAUGAAACUAGGAACUCCAUUUGGUGCAUUUUUGGAUCCAGUGGCUGAUAAGCUUAUGGUUGCUGCCACCCUCAUCUUGCUGUGUACCAAAUCGUUGGAAGCCGGGAUAUUUGGACAAGCACCGUGGUUACUGACCGUGCCUGCAAUUGCUAUAAUCGGUAGAGAGAUAACUAUGUCUGCAGUCAGGGAAUGGGCUGCUUCUCAGGACAAAAAGCUUUUAGAGGCUGUUGCUGUAAAUAAUUUGGGAAAGUGGAAAACAGCCACUCAGAUGACUUCAUUAACCAUCAUUCUAGCUGCCAGAGAUAGCAGUCUUGUAGGGACGGGAUCUCUUGUAGCUUUUGGGGUCAUACUACUAUAUAUUUCAGCAUGGCUCGCCGUGUGGUCAUUAUUCGUUUAUAUGAGAAAGAUAUGGAAAGUAUUGCUGAGAUAG